AUGACGGGAUGGGGCUCGCUGGCGCGGGUGCCGGGCGAGGUGGGCACAUUCACCGUCCUCAAGAGUCAGCCAAAGUCCGAUGAAGCGCUGGCGCUGCUCAAAAGGAUCCAUUCGAUGGUCAAGCCGAUCAUGAAGAAGCACGGCUGGUUCUUACCGACACUCGCUGAAUUCUACCCCUUGCAAGAGAACCUGCUCGGCAUUAACGUCAAUCGCGGCUGGAAGAUCUGCAUUCGCCUCCGACCCGCACACGACCCACACUCGUUCCUCCCGCUCGAAGACGCCCAACACUGCCUCAUCGGCACGAUGCUGCACGAGCUAUCGCACAAUAUCCGCGGGCCGCACGACGACAUUUUCUUCAAGACUAUGGACGGGCUCUACGACGAGUUUGACCAGCUCCGCGCGAAAGGUUACUUGGGCUUCGUUGGCGAGGGACGCAGGGUAGGCGAGGGAGCCGCGCACGACAGUCCGCUCGGUCUGCGUGAGGUGAGGGAGAAGGCGCUAAAGCGGAUGGAGGAGGCUGAGCGGAUGCGGAAGCUGCUGGGACAGGGUGGGAAGUUGGGAGGAAGGGCGCCAGACACGAAGGGCAAGCGCCGUGGCGACAUCCUGGCUGAUGCCGCCGAGCGACGCUUACGCGCUCAAAAGGCCUGCGGCGGCGACGACGCGCACAACCACCCUUCUGGCUCGAAGCAAGAAGACCUGCCGCCCGAGAUCCAGGACGCCAUCAACCAAGCCGAUCGCGACAGCCGCCGGAUUGUCAUCGACCUCACAAACCUCUCGGACAGCGAGGACGAGGUCAACCCUGCGCCCAAGCCGUCAACCUCGAAGCGCGCGCCGUCCCGCAAGACUCGCGCAUCCAGCUCGUCGUCUAUCGAAAUCGAGGUCAUCCGCAAGCGGCCCAAGGUUGAGGACGACGAGUCGACCUCGUCAAGCCUUCCGUCUCGCCCAUCGACCUCGUCCGCAUCAUCCGCCUCAUCCCGCUCGUCCGCCACGUCCCGCUCGUCCACCUCGUCCCGCACAUCCACCUCUUCUGCUGCGACGUCCUCCGCGAAACCAAGUCGGCCACACCCACCAUCUCGCUCAACGCAAGCCGCCUCCGAACGCGGCGCCUGGUCAUGCCAACUCUGCACCUUCCGCAAUCCUUCGCCAUUCUCGCUCGCCUGUGAAAUCUGCGGUACCGAGCGACCGGCCUCGGUUCCCGUCGGCGUCUCGAUUCCACCAGUCGUCGGUCGCGGCGCGCUCGCCGUCCCCGAACGCCUCCCGCGCUUCGGAUCCGCCAGGACGCUCGACAGCGGCAUCGGGUGGAGCUGCCACGUCUGCUCGACGCUGAACGAGGACAUCUUCUGGUGUUGCUCGAUGUGUCAGACGGUCAAGCUGAGCAGCGAGAGGGGUUGA